GGUCCGAGGCAACUGUCAAAGCGCACACAUACACACUCAUUCAUAAACGUUUGUGCGAAAGGGAGUGAAAAAAGAUUGCGGCAUUAAAAACAGCGGUAAAAUCAAUAAACUAUUUAAAAGUACUAAAGAAAAACUGCUGAAUUCAACCAAAUAUGUCGAUUGGAGUACCAAUUAAAGUUUUGCACGAGGCCGAGGGCCAUAUAAUCACUUGUGAAACUAUAACCGGUGAAGUGUACCGCGGCAAGCUAAUAGAAGCCGAGGAUAAUAUGAAUUGCCAAAUGACACAAAUAACUGUGACCUAUCGCGACGGACGUACUUCGAAUUUGGAGAAUGUGUACAUUCGAGGCUCUAAGAUUCGCUUUCUCAUACUGCCGGACAUGUUGAAAAACGCGCCAAUGUUCAAGAAGCAAACCGGCAAAGGCCUUGGUGGGACGGCUGGACGCGGCAAAGCAGCGAUACUCCGCGCACAGGCACGCGGGCGAGGAAGAGGCGGCGGCCCACCUGGUAGUGGUGGUCGCGGCGGUCCACCCGGAGGGCCUGGUGGUAGUGGACGCGGCGCUUGGCAAGGUGGACCCACAGGCGGACGUGGACGCGGGGGCUUGUGAAGUACCAGAUAAGGCGACGCAACGUGGAUCACCAUACCACGCUUUUGUAUUAUUUAAGGCAUUAAUUUUAGUGGGCGGGAAUAAACAUACCAUGUUAAAGAUCUACUUUUGUGAAGUGUUUCCUAAGCAGAGAAAAUUUAUGACAUGAAUUAUAGAAGAAAAAUCCAUGAAAUAAGAAAUGAAA